UUACACGCGUACGGUGCACUUACUACGCAACACGCAGUUCUUCCAUUCACUUGAUAUCACGACAGUUGAUAAAUGUUUGUACGUGCAACGGGAUACCUAUAUUUUGAACGUGAUCACAUGUGUUCGUGAAUGGACGCUAUAAUUAGACGCAAUUUGUUUAUCGUACUAGUUAAAAAUAGAAUAAUUAGUUUAAAAAAAAAAUUCAAAAAAUUUAUGACACAAUCAAGGCACGAUGCGUCACACGCUGAAAGCAAUUGCAGUCUGCACUAUAUUUUCAUUCAUAACGAAUGCAAUCAUAGCUGAUGACGCCCUGUAUGGAUCGAACGACAAUGAAACAAGGAGUGAAAGAUUGAAAAGAGCGAAACAAUCGUUUCCACAAAAUGCGUUUCUGGACAUAAUAAUGCAAACUGUGGCACCAAACUACACACCAAAGUCACCGAGCGAUUUCUUCGAUAUACUUAGAGACUCAUAUGAUUUGCCUAACGGCUUAAAGUCCCCACUGCCAGAGUACGACUAUGUGAUAGUGGGUGCCGGAUCAGCGGGCUGCGUGCUCGCGUCCCGACUGACUGAAGACCCUGACGUGACCGUACUCGUGCUGGAGGUCGGCAAGCCAGAGAUGUUCUUCACAGACGUGCCCGCCAUGUCAGCAUACUUCCAAUCUACUGAGUACAGUUGGCCCUAUUAUAUGGAACCACAGCCGGGUGUUUGCUUAGGAAUGAUCAACAAGCGAUGUUACUGGCCGCGCGGGCGAGCCGUCGGCGGUACCAGCGUCAUCAACUACAUGAUAUACACGCGCGGCCGCCCCGCCGAGUGGGACCGCAUCGCCGCUGCCGGCAACUAUGGCUGGUCAUACAGGGAAGUGCUCGAAUAUUACAAGAAAAGUGAACGGGCCAAUUUAAAAGAAUUCCAAAGUUCACCGUACAGAGGCUCGACCGGGGAAAUGAAUGUAGAGUUUAUUAACUUUAAAACCCCGUUGAUACGAGCCUUUUUAGAAGCUGGCAGGAUACUGGGCAGUCCCACCGUUGAUUACAAUGCUCCUGAACACCUUGGCUUCGGUUAUGUUCAAACAACUACGAGAAAUGGUAAAAGACUCAGCGCUGCAAAGGCAUUUCUACAUCCUUACAAAAAGAGACGCAAUCUACACAUUCUGCCGAUGGCUACUGCAACUAAAGUUCUGAUCGAUACUACUACAAACACGGCUUACGGAGUGCAAUACGUGCGAAACCGUUUGAAAAAUGAGGUCCGAGCAAGAAGAGAAAUUAUAUUAUCAGCAGGGCCUAUGGCUUCACCACAACUCCUUAUGUUAUCCGGAAUAGGGCCCAGGGAACAAUUAAGCCGACAUGGAAUACCUCUCAUCAAAGAUCUCCCAGUCGGUCGUACUCUCUAUGACCACAUCACAUUCCCCGGAAUUAUAUUUUCAUUAAACACAACAGGCGUCAGUUUUAUGGAAUCUAGAUCAGGCACUGUCAGUAAAUUCCUGGAAUGGAUGCAAUUUGGUGACAAUGAAGUAGCUUCUCCCGGUGGGGUUGAAGGAAUCGGAUACAUAAAAACUCCACUAUCUACCGAAGUUGAAGAUAUACCAGAUAUAGAACUUAUCAGUAUCGGUGGUUCCUUAGUAUCCGACGGUGGCCCAAAAAGCAGUAAAGCAACACGAAGAGGUAUGAGAUUAUCAGACGAUAUUUUCAAUGCCGCAUUUGGGUCAAUUGACAAUACAGAUACAUGGAGCGCAUUUCCAAUGCUGUUGCACCCUAAAUCAGUUGGAUCGUUAGAAUUGAAAAACAAUAACCCAUUCAGCCAUCCUCUAUUGUAUGGUAACUAUCUAACGCAUCCCAUAGACGCAGCGACGUUCGUUGCAGCCGUCAGACAUGUACAGGCAUUGGCCGCGACGCCACCAUUCCAGAAAUUUGGAGCCAAGAUACAUCCAGCGCAAUAUCCAGAAUGCCGCAAAUUCAAUUUCGAUUCUGACGAAUAUUGGGAAUGCGCUGUACGGACUCUCUCUGCAACACUACAUCACCAAAUAGCUACAUGUCGUAUGGGGCCGGUCGGGGAUCCCCUCGCUGUGGUUGAUCCGGAGUUGCGAGUCCAUGGCAUCAAUAGAUUACGUGUUGUGGAUUCUAGCAUUAUACCACAAACAGUUUCUGCUCACACACAUGCACCAGCAGUUAUGAUAGGCGAAAAGGCUGCUGACAUGAUAAGGAGCUCUUGGCGAUAUAAAUAAUGUAAAUUAAAAUGUUAUAAGUUGGUAAACUAAAUAAGACAAUUUAUUUAUACAUAGACAUAAAACUCAUAUCUGUGAUACUUGAGUUAAUGAUAAAUACUAAACAUCAAUUCUGUUAUUUAUUAUUAUUACCUCACUGAUUUGAUAAAAUGUAUUUUAAUUGAUUUGUAAAACAAGUGUGUUGGAAUAAAAUUAUGCUCUAUAGUAUCUAUGUCAGA